AUGAGGCUCACAACAUGGAAUGUCAAUGGCAUCCGCAAUCCUUUCUCAUAUCCACCAUGGAAUACCACUGCUCGCACAUUCCCGGCCAUGUUUGACAUACUCGCCAGCGACAUCAUAGUCAUGCAGGAGCUCAAAAUACAGCGCAAAGACCUCCGCGAUGACAUGGUAUUGCUUGACGGAUGGGACUGUUUCUUCAGUCUACCGAAACAUAAGAAGGGAUAUUCUGGCGUGGGCAUCUAUACUCGAAUUGCAACAUGCGCGCCAAUUCGUGCAGAAGAGGGACUUCUAGGCGUGUUGCCUUCUGCAUCAGGCGUCGCAUUCAGAGACUUAGAAGAGCAAAAUAGCAUCGGAGGAUAUCCCAGUGAAAAGCAAAUCAUGGAAAUAGGAGUCGACCCUCUUGCGCUCGAUGCGGAAGGACGCUGUGUGGUUUUGGAGUUUCCAGCAUUCGUACUUUUUGGUGUAUACUCACCUGCGAACAGCAAUGGUCUACGAGAUGAUUUUCGAUACGGCUUCAUCAACGCAUUAGACUGUCGAAUACGUAAUCUGAUCCGUCAGGGGAAGAACGUUGUUCUGGUCGGUGACCUCAAUGUCUCUCGGAACGAAAUGGACACGGCUUCGGCUGCGGAGGAUCUGCGCCGAGAAGGCCUAACCCAUGAAGAUUACGUCUCGACGCCGAACCGACGCAUUUUCAACCAGCUAUUGAUCGGCGGCGACGUCGUAGGUCAGCGAGAUGAAGGACGAGAAGAAGGCGUUUUAUGGGAUACGACACGUGCAUUUCAUCCUGACAGGCGCGGCAUGUAUACUCAUUGGGAGCAAAAGAUCAACGCGCGGCCUGGAAACUUUGGCAGCCGGAUCGACUUUGUCCUCGUCUGUAGCGCCAUGCAAUCUUGGAUCAAGGAUGCGAACAUUCAGGAGGGUCUGCUCGGUUCAGACCACUGUCCUGUUUACGCAGAUUUUCACGAAAGCGUCCAGCACAAUGGUCAAGAAGUGGAGAUGUUGGACAUCAUGAGCAAGCCGGGUACAUUUGUUGGUGGCAAGCGUAAGCAAGAAUGGAAAAUCACUAACUCUCCGGCCUUUUCCGCAAAGCGUAUGCCAGAGUUCGACAAACGACGAAGCAUCAAAUCAAUGUUUGCUGCACCCGCCAUCAAGAAGUCCGAGAGCUCACAACAGAAGAACGAGGCCGCGCUGCAUGCCACUUUCAUGGCAGACACAGAAGAGCGUUCCUUAUAUAAUCCGGAAGUCUUCGAAGUCACAGGCAGUCAGAGCGUGGCGACGCAGAGCACUCCGUCUCCGGUUAAGCGCAAGCUUUCGGUUCCAUCCAAAGAGAAACCUGCGAAGCGACCCAAACCCGACAUGUCAACUUCGUCAAACAAGGGUCAGCAGAGCCUCAAGGGGUUCUUUCAAUCCAAGUCUAAGACAUCGUCUGAUGCGACGAUCGAGGAGCCUCGGUCACCAGCAAUGAAUUCCGCUUUUGCUGCACCACCAAAAAACGACCAACAUACUGGUGAGGAUAAGACCAUACUUGAACCAGAUGCACAUGAGACAACAAACAUGAGCCAUUCACAUCAGGACUCUCAGCAAAUCUCUCCCACAACACCUACCUCCUCAAGAACUUUCUCACAACCGACCAAACACCCUCCGGACUCAGCUGUCUCCAAAUGUACCACAUCUCCUCCUCCCUCUACGCUAGCCUCUCCUCCCUCGCCAUCAUCCUCCAACCUCCCCUCCCGCCUCCACACCUCCGCGAAAUGGACCCAACUCUUCUCCAAACCCUCAGCACCUCUCUGCGCCGUACACAAAGAACCCUGCAAAAUCCUGCUCACCAAAAAGAAAGGCACGAAUCAAGGUCGAAGUUUCUGGAUGUGCGCCAGGCCAAUUGGACCCAGCGGGAAAGAGGAGAAGGAAGGUGGGGAGAACGGGGAGUGGAGAUGUGGAACGUUUAUUUGGUGUAGUGAUUGGAGGGGAGCUGGUGCUGGAGGCAGUGGGAGAACGGGCGCUGAGGAUGAUAAUGGUGGUGAGGACGGAGCUGAUGAGUGA